CUGCCGCCGCCGCCGCCGCCGCUUCCUGGGUUGAGUCCGCCCGCGGUCCCGGCGGCUCCAGGUGUGUUCUCGCUGUCCAGCUCCUGCCCGAGUCCGCCGCCGCCGUAGCUGUCCCGGGCUCCCCGCCCCGCUGCCGAGAUGGCGACGCGCUCCUGCCGGGAGAAGGCUCAGAAGCUGAACGAGCAGCACCAGCUCAUCCUGUCCAAGCUGCUGAGGGAGGAGGACAACAAGUACUGCGCCGACUGCGAGGCCAAAGGUCCUCGAUGGGCUUCCUGGAAUAUUGGUGUAUUUAUUUGCAUCAGAUGUGCUGGAAUCCAUAGAAAUCUUGGAGUUCAUAUAUCCAGGGUCAAGUCAGUCAACCUAGAUCAAUGGACACCGGAACAGAUACAGUGCAUGCAAGAUAUGGGAAAUACUAAAGCAAGACUACUCUAUGAAGCCAAUCUUCCAGAGAACUUUCGAAGACCACAGACAGAUCAAGCAGUGGAAUUUUUCAUCAGAGAUAAAUAUGAAAAGAAGAAAUACUAUGAUAAAAAUGCAAUAGCUAUUACAAAUAAAGAAAAGGAAAAAAAAAAGGAAGAGAAAAAGAAAGAAAAGGAGCCAGAAAAGCCUGCAAAACCUCUUACAACUGAAAAGCUGCAGAAGAAAGAAGAUCAGCAGUUGGAGCCCAAAAAAAGUACUAGCCCUAAAAAAGCUGCAGAGCCCACUGUUGAUCUUUUAGGACUUGAUGGCCCUGCUGAGGCACCAGUGACCAAUGGGAACACAACCACAUUGCCGUCCCUGAAUGAUGAUCUAGACAUCUUUGGACCAAUGAUUUCUAAUCCCUUACCUGCAACUGUCAUACCCCCAGCUCAGGGGACGCCCUCUAUACCUGCAGCUGCCACUCUGUCUACAGUAAUAUCUGGAGAUCUGGAUCUGUUCACUGAGCAAGCUACAAAGUCAGAAGAGGUGGCAAAGAAACAACUCUCCAAAGACUCCAUCUUAUCUUUGUAUGGUACAGGAACCAUUCAGCAGCAGAGUACUCCUGGUGUGUUUAUGGGACCCACAAAUAUACCAUUUACCUCACAAGCACCGACUGCAUUUCAAGGUUUUCCAUCAAUGGGUGUGCCUGUGCCUACUCCUGCAGCUCCUGGCCUUCUCGGAAAUGUGCUGGGACAGAGUGCAAGCGUGAUGGUGGGCAUGCCCUUGCCCAAUGGGUUUAUGGGAAGUGCACAAACCAGCGUGAUGCCACUUCCUCCGAAUGUGGUUGGCCCCCAAGGAGGAAUGGUGGGACAGAUGGGUGCACCCCAGAGUAAGUCUGGCCUGCCGCAAGCUCAGCAGCCCCAGUGGAGCCUCUCACAGAUGAAUCAGCAAAUGGCUGGCAUCAGUAUCAGUAGUACGAACCCAACAGUGGGUUUUGGCCAGCCCCCCAACACAACAGCAGGAUGGUCUGGAAGCUCAUCGGGUCAGACUCUCAGCACACAGCUGUGGAAAUGAAAACUGCAAUGCAAGUUUCAUCCAGAACUACCACCUGACAUUCCUUGCUAAAAUGCAUCUAGUUCCCCUGUUUAUUCAUGUACAUAUAUAUUUUUUUCUUUUUCCCCAUUUGUUCCUAUUAAGAAUUAUCUGACUGACCGUGUUGGUCUGUACUGAUUAAAUUUGAUGUGAAAAGCAGGUUGAGAAACCAUUUUAUGUCAAGGGCAGCUUUGCUCAUUUCCCAUGAUUUCAUAAACCACAUUAUUUGAGAAGCUGCUCAGUCAACUUGCAUAAUCAGUUUUACUCUCAAUAAAAUUAUAGCUGUAAUGUCUGCAUAUAAGGGAAGUAGUUAUCAUGUUAGUAAUACCUCUAACAGUAUAAACACCACCCCCAAAUUAGCCAGUAAUCCUUAGGAAGGUACUGUAUGAUCAAAUGUUUCAUCAUAUAAAUAGAAUGUAAAUGUAUCACUGAGCACUGUUUUCUAGUGUAUCAAAAUUCUUUUAUUUCAUCAUUCACUUCACUGUGCUGUUGUUAUGAUGUGCUUAACAGGGAACGUGGUUAGUGAAAGGAAGAUAAACCUGGAUGUUACUACAAAACUUAGUUUAACGAAUGUUUAAAGAACUCAAAUUUCAUCUGCCUCUCCUGUAAUUUGGAUCUCUUCUUAUGUACAUAGUGCUAAUAACAUGAAGACCUUUCUCUGCACUGUAUGCAAACAGGGUAACUAAACAAGCCACUUUCAAUCCUUGAAGGUAUAUCCAGGUUUAUGACAGUAAUUGUGUUUACAUUUUAUGGUGCCUAGUAUUGACAAAAUGUUAUAUCCCUAUAUUAAACAGAUGAAUCCAUAGACCUUUUUAUUUUUGUGGGUUUUAUUUCCUACAACGUAUGCUGCCACCAACCUUACAAAACUUAAACAUUGCGAAGUGAGCGAUUGGGAACAUUUAGUUGGCAAAAUGCCUGUGAUUUGUUUCUAAAACCUGCUCAGUUCUACCAAUUAUAAGGCCAAAUGGGAAGAACAAAAAGUACGUAAGAUACUCACAAUCGUAUCCUCCAGUGUCACUAGCCAUACUGUACAAAGAACUGCCAGUUUAGUUGUAGGGAAGACAUGCAGAACAAAUGAAGACAAAAACAUAUAUUUGAUCCCAUCCCGUCAGCUGUGUUAGCGGACGGACAAGCUCUGUUGAAACAGAUGUCCGUCAGAUGACAACAUAGGCUGUCGUACUGAAGUCAAGCGAACAAUACCUGAACGUUCUGCAGCCUGACCUCCGGACUCCUCUUCCACGUCCAUUAGCCAGGCAUACUGCACCACGUGCUGCUUCAGUUUAUACCUCAAUUUUCACUGUGUCCAGGCGGUACUUUGGCUCGUUGGCUAGAUUAACCUUCUCUGUCCGAGUGUGCCACACGAGAACCUAGAGGGGAGGGAAAUCUUUUGGGUAGCCACACUUCUUAAUGCUGACACCGAACAAGGUCAAGCAGCACAAGUGAAAUGAAUACCUUAGUGCAGUUACUUGCUUUUGGUUCCAGUUCUUCAACUGUUGUUAUCUGUUUUAGAAAAUCAGAUUCUUGCAUCCCUGGCUGGGAUCCACGACGCUUAAAUACAGCUUUUGGAUUGGAC